GUUGCAGAACAAUAAGCAAAAGCCUCGGUCUCUUCCAGUCUGAGCAGUCACUGGGCAGUGAUCAGGUCUGUUUUCAGUUACUUGUCCUAAAUUUCCUGCUUUCUGUAUCUGUAUCAAUCUGUGUAUGUGCACUUCAGGAACCACGGAGCAGGAGUUGAGCGGGACACCGGCAGGAGUAGAGGAGGUGCGUAAGAAAAAAACAGAUCUUAGAUCUUGGAGAUCAGAAUAAAAUGGUGAGAGAAAGGUUAAGGAUUAUAAAAUGUCCAGGCUCCCUGAGGUCUGAGCAAUUAUUUAGGUCUUACCAGGCUCUCUGAAGAAGAGGAGCCUGAGGGCUUACAUGAAACAAGGCUGACACGUGGUAUUUGGAGGGAACAUCAGGAGAAGUUGUAGGGACUGCCUGCUGGAGACACUGAGGAGAGCCUCCAAGAAGAAAGAGCUAACAGGAAUCUUGAUUCUCCAGCACACAAGACCAAGGAGCCACCAGCUGCUUAGCCACAGGCCCUUUGGUGCUUUGGAAAGCCCUAUAUUUGAGAUUAUCUCCUUCAAAUUUUAGGUUAUCUUCUUGCAGAAGCUGAGGUAACACAACCAGGUGAGCAUCUGGGCAGUACCCCCAAAAGUAUCUUCAUCUUUAAGAGUGAUGAGCAGUCACACUAUUGCUCAUUUGUUUUCAUCCCCCUUCCUGUGUUGCUCCCUUUAGUUUUUCUACUUGUCUGCAUUGACUUGCUGCUAAAUUAUUUUGAUAGUAAAAUAAGCCAGGUUGCAGCCUGACUGAAAUAAUUAAUUACUACUAGGCUACAACCUAGUGUGGGAUCCUCCAUAACCCCAUUGGUGGGGAGAGAUGUUUGAAGCACAUGCUGAAAAUAGGGUGUGAAAAUAGAGUGGCUGAGGGCGUGGGGCAUUCCCAGAGGGCUUGGCCAAGCGUAGGGAUGCUUUGGAAACAGUUUGUUUCACUUGAAGGCUGCUAAUAAAUCCAGCUGGAGGCUCUAAAUUCAUGUGUAACUCCUAUGGGUAAGCUGGCCCAGGUACAAGAACUGAGCAUGGAAAAUACAUUUUUAAAAAUCUAACUUGGGUGGAUUUUAGGGUCUGGGAGUGAAAUGACUUUGCCCUUAUUGUUCAGUGAGAUUUGAGCUGAAAGGAGAGUAAUUGGAGUGAGAAAGCUGAAUCCUAACAACCAAAUGUAUCUAUACCUUAGCCUGAGGGAACCCUCUGUGCACCAGCAAAUACCAACAGGUUUCUAGGCUGGGUUUUGGUUCUAGGUUGCCAUAGCAGGUUGUUUUCCACCCUGCUCACAGACAGAAAGUUAAAGUGUGCUGGUGUCCAUCCAAAGAGGUUCUACCUGUUUAUCCUGAGGUAGUUAUGGCAAAAGUGGGAAGGGUUCCACCUUAAACCGUGGAAUAACUCAUGCCUGUUGUUGCCUGUGUGUUUAUAUGGGUUAUUUUUUUAUUUUGUGUUGUUUUCGUGUGUUUUUGUUUAAAACAGCAGGGUAAUACUGACUUGCUGCUUAGCGUUUUGCUUCUGCCCCCAGGGCUCUGAAUCUCAGGAGGAAACUGGUUAGAAAUGUAUCCCUUUGCUGCUGAUGCUGUUAAACCAGUGUAUGAGGAGCAUUAGCAGCUUCACAAGAGACAGAGUGAGUUAGUAAGGAAUGCAAAAAUAUACCCUCCGCAGGUGCUACAGCCGCGUGAAGGAGCACGGCGUUGGCAAGAGGAAAAGCAGCUACACGUUUGAACAGCUGGAGCAGGUGUUUGGGCAGGGAGGAUGGGACUCCCAGCCCUGCCAGCCCGUCCUCAUCAACAGCAGUGGUUUGUACCAGGAGCUGGAGUCGGACGGCAGCACGAUGGAGGAAUACUCUCAGGAGGACUGGGGAAACCACAGUCAGGAUCUUCACUGCUACCAGACUGGCGAGCAGGAAUUGGAUGAAAUGCCUACCACAAAAAGAACAUUAAAGAUAAAACAGGAAUCUUCAGAAGACACGCAGAAGCGUGAUGUCAUGCAGAACAUUAUGCAAAUCUUGGAGUCGGUCCAGUUGAAGUGGGAGCUGUUUCAGAGCUGGACGGACUUCUCCAGGCUCCACCUUUCUAACAAACUGGCCAUUUUCGGCAUUGGGUACAACACCCGCUGGAAGGAGGAUAUCCGUUACCACUACGCAGAGAUCAGCUCCCAGGUGCCCCUGGGCAAGCGGCUCCGGGAAUAUUUCAACUCGGAAAAACCGGAGGGUCGGGUGAUCAUGACCCGAGUACAGAAAAUGAACUGGAAAAACGUUUAUUACAAAUUCCUGGAGAUCACCAUCAGCGAAGCCAGAUGCUUGGAGCUGCACAUGGAGAUCGACUGGAUUCCCAUCGCUCACUCCAAACCCACUGGAGGGAACGUGGUGCAGUAUUUAUUACCAGGAGGGAUCCCAAAAAGCCCUGGCCUGUACGCCAUUGGAUAUGAGGAGUGCCACGAGAAGCUCCCCUCCCCUCUGGCCGAGCACCAGGCACCCGACCCCGGCAAUGAGACUCCAGGGGAGCUCGAGGUCCCCUCGCCACAGGCCUCCCUUCGGGUGGAUAUGGAAUCUGCCCGGAUUAUCUACUGUUACCUCGGCAUUGCCGAGGUCCGGACUCUCCAGCAGUGCCUGUUUUUACACUUCCAGGCAAACACCAAAACCUUCAGCAAAGAUUGGGUCGGGAUCAACGCCUUUUUAUCUCAGAACUGCGUCGUAGAGCCCGGCGUCUCACCCAAAUCCAUCUACAUCAAAUUUGUGGAAGUGGAGAGGGAUUUUCUGUCUGCUGGCUCUUUGGUAGAGUGCCUGGAAAAAGCCAUCGGAUACCCCUUAAAAUUUAACAACUGAGUCUCAUCCUUCAUAAGGAUCAGGGCUUUCCGCCCCAUUUUCCAUCUCACUCGGAUCCUGUCCGUUCACAUCCGGGCACACGGGACUUUUCCGCCUGGAAGCGCGUUUCGGGGCGCGCCGAGGCUGGCGGGGCGCUCCCCACGCGCCGGGCCCGGCUCCGGCCGGAGCGGCGUGGCCAGGAGGAGCGCCCGGCCCACGAGACGACUGUCGGUACAUUCCACAUGGGACAAGCUCGUACACACGGCGUUUUCAUACCAGAACUGAGGGUUUGGUCUUUCCUUUAUUCCACGGUGUCUCGUUUGGAUGCAUCCGUCUCUAAGUGUUACUCGGGAUCUGACUCAAUAAGCAAUAGAUAACGGCGAGGGAAACCCCAGCUCCCGGCCCGGGGACUGUUUUUCAAAGCCACCCUUAGAUAUCUUGUAUAUAAUUUAGAACUUCACUUUUUUCACCAUCGAGUGUUCUCCUCUCUCCAAACAGUGUUGCCUGCAAAGACUUUGGGUUCUGUGAUGUAUUCCACAUCCUUAGUAGUGUUGCCAUAUCUGCUUUUAUUUUAUUUUAUUUUAUUUUUUAACAUUAAAGUAAUUCCUGGCUUUUUUAUUUUUUCUUUAUUUGUUUUCCUCAUUAAUUUUUCCCUAUUUUUCUCUUUACUGUCUUUUUAAAAUCAUUUUCUUCUCUUAUUUCUCUAAUUUUUCUCUUCUUUUUAUUUUUUCUCUAUUCCUGUUUUUUCUUUUUUUUUUAAUCUUCUUUCUAUCUUGUCUUUUUUGUUUGUUUUUUUAAACUUCUUUAUCAUUUCCCUUUGUUUUUUUUUUCUUUUGAUUCUAUUAAUUUUGGUUUUUUAUUAUUUCUAUUUUCACUUUUUACCCUUUUUUUGUCUUUUCUUCUUCUCUGUUCGGUUUCCUUUUUUCGGGUGGUUUUUUUUGGGUUUUUUUGGUUUUUUUUUUUUGGUUUUUUUGUUUUUGUUUUUGUUUUUGUUUUUGUUUUUUUUUUCUUUUUAUGGAGUUCCAAAACUCUGUGAGAACAACCUGGCAGCUGGGAAAAAACAAUGAUUAUUUUUAUUUG